CUCCCAGCCUGUCAGCCGGGGGUAGUGUGGGGGGAGAGGGGGGUGCCUGCCUGAUUCCCAAGCGUGCAGUGAACACCAUGGAUUGCGAAGUCAACCGUAUGCUCCGGUGCACGAAUGACCGUGGUGGCAGCAUCGUGCCUGUCUCGUUCGAAGUGCCCCGGAAGAAUAAGAGCGAGUUUCACAGCGAUCUUUUCCCCAUGACGCGCACUAAGGCGGUAAGUAAGUUCAAGAUUAUCGCAUACUAG